GCUACUUCAGCGAUUAAUGUAGUCGGUGAAUUGGUCGACAGAAGUCAAUUCAUCAACUUGCUACGAUGGUUUUCGACGGAAAGUGUUUUUUUAUUUUGUUAUUUCUUUCCGCUUCAGUAAUCUGCAGGCCACAAAAUGUCGAUAAACCUGAUGAAUCUAAAGAGUCGUUUAAACGAGACGAAAAUAAGAAAAUACAAGAAAAAACGUCAGAUAUUUUAGAAAAAAUAGCCGAAGUUAAUAAAAAAUUAGAUAGUAGAUUACAAAAAUCCGAAGUGUCCGUCAAAUCGCAUCCACGAUAUUGGCAAGACGCGGCACGCAGCGAUUUCAAAUUCCCCUUCCCGAAUCCGAUACUAGAACUAUUAGAAAAAGAAAAAGUUUCGCAAAAUUCCUUAAUAAAAACAAAACAAACUUCUACCAUCGAAGGUUACGAGGUCCAUACGACAAAUAACAACGCAGAAAUAACCGAAGAAGAUAAAAUACCAGGACAAGUCGUAAAACGAAAAAUCAUCCAUCAACAAACAAUUUUCGUACCCAACUACGGCAUACAAAACCCCACCCCCUACCAAUAUCCGGUUCAAUCCCCCGUUGGCACUGGGGACGAAAAAUAUUUGGAAAAACAAACGAUUUCCAACAUCAAAAAUAUAAUCGGCAAUUCCCAAACUUACCCUUACUACCCCCCGGAAACGAACCAACGAAUUUACAGCCCCGGCGAUUACGGUUUAUUCGAAACAGGUAGACAAAACUGGAAUUGGCCGGGAGCCCCCUUUUUCCCCGUUUAUAUAAGAGAUCCCUUCCUCCAAAUGUACAACGCGAUCACUACGAUGAUAGAAUACGGUCCGAACGCCGGUAAUCAGAAUCCCUGCAAAUCAUCGAACGCCAAAUCCGAAACUAGAGAAGCGAAAACUUCGACGGACGAUACGAAAAUAACAGUGAAACUCGAUACGUCCCCUCAAAUAUCGAUAAACGGCGAUAAUUACAACAACACUUACUUGGAUAUCGAAAAUAUCGAUGUCGGAGCCAGCGGCGAUAGCAGUUUGAAGUUUACGUUGAAUUUGCGUCAAGAAGAAAGGGACGUCAAGGCGGACGAUGACGUGGGUACCGGCAGAAAGGCUUGGGAUAAAAUAAAAUCCGACGGAAAAUCGAAUACUUUGAUAUUGAACGGUAAUUCGUCUAACGCUAGAUACAGCAGUAAAUUCCCGUCGAAUUUUCAACAAGAUUCCAAACCGUUGACGGUUAUAAGGAACCCGUUACCUAAAUCCACCACGUCACCUCCCACCCACGAAAGCGACGAACUAGUCGACGAAAGCGAAGAGGAUAAAAGCGAAGAAAUAAUAUCGAACGAUAAUAAUAAAAAGUUGUUUAGUAGGGAUAAUACCGGUAGCGGUGUUUUUAUACAUAAACUCAAAGUGAGGAAAGGGGGGGUGGCUAUAGCGGGACCUGGCGGUAUCGCGACGGCCGGAAGUGGUGGAACCGCCAUCGUUGGACCGGGUGGUGUAGCUUAUACUCAACCGGAUAGUCUCGCUAUCGCGGGAUCCGGAACUAAAGUCAUUGCGGUUGAUCCUAAAGUUAAUUUGGGGGAUUUGGUUAAUAAUUCCACUAAUAAAACCGGUUUUCCAAACUCCAGGAUCGGGAAAGUCGUAGCUGUAGGACCUGUAGUUUAUUAUAACAAAGUACAACUACUUCUCCCAAGAUGGUUACCUCAUCCAAUUGGAUUUAAUCAGAUAUAUCCUCCAAACGACAUCCUCCACCCAUUUCCAAACGAUAUAAAGGAUAAAAUAUCGAAACAAACAAAUAACACCCAAUCGCUAAAACAAAUUAAAUCAAAUAUACAAAAACCUCCGUCUUUAGCGCCUUAUAGAUUCCAUCCGCUUUUAAAUUACGUCAAAACCGGAAAUACCAUUCGAACUGAUAGAAUCGUACGUCUUCGUGAUAUCGAUAAAAUGAACGAUGACGUCACCACUUUAAUUUUGAAACCAGUAGCGAGAUCAGUAGCGGGAGUUGGGGGUAGGGCAAUGGCCACACCUGUCUCCAAAGCUAUAUUACGUAAAGGACUUAACGUGGAUAUACUAUUUGAACCAGACGCUAUUGCUAUAGCUGGGCCGGGUGGUGUCGCGCAUGCUCAAAGUGAUUUAGAAAUUAUAUUAAACUCUGAUAUUCAAAAGAAUAAGAUAACCAUACUUCCUUUUUAUGGAGGUGGAAAAGGACAGUCACUACAAAUAAUCGAAAAACCCGAUGGUUCGGUACAAACGACGAUAAUAAAAACCCCCGAAAUCAAAAACGAAGAAAAUGAAGAUUUAGAAAACGCAAUUAAUCCAACUGAUCUCGAAAACCCUCCGCUUCCUACAAAAUCCGAUUUGGAAGAAUUCAGCGAGAACAUAAAAAAAAUUCAAAAUUUAGCCGAAAAAGUGAUAACGUUGCAAGAGAUACUGAAACAUCCGGGAAAAGCGAAACCAUCAGAUGAAAUCGCUUAUAAGGAAACCAUGGAAGCUCUAAACGAAUCAGCUUCGAAAUUGGCCGAUAUACAAGAGAAAACGAAUCCCGCUAACCUAGAAAAUAGAGAAGGUAUAAGCGCCUGGUUCGAAAAUAAGAAGAAUACCCACAACAAACCUAAAUCUAAAAAAAAAGAAGAAGAACAAAAAAGGAAAGAAGAAGAAAAGAAACGGAAAACGGAAGAAGAUAAAAGAAAACAAGAGAAAAUCGAAUUAGAAAAAAUUAAACAAGAUGGCGAUGGGGAUACCGUAGAUAUCGGCCUACCACCAGAUGACGCUUCUGUUGCUGAAGCUAAACCGGUUGGAUUAGCAGUUGCAGGUGAAGGAGGAGUAGCGGCUAGUAAACCUAUAGCUACGGCCGUAGUAGGUCCUGGAGGUCUAGCUAUAGCUCGACCCAUAGGCACCGCUAUAGCUGGUGUAGAUCCUUCACAAGCUCUAAUACCUUUAUACGGUGAAAAUUCCAUAAUGGGAUCUAAACCCCCUAAGUCCGGACGUCCAGAAACGGCCAACGAAUAUCUAAAUAGAUUAAUUUCCAAAUUUCAUCAAACUUAAUUUGAUUGGUGGCGAUUUUCGUCGAAUUUUUGCUUAAACGUUCGCCAUAUUUAAUAAUAUUUAUUGUUAAUUUAUUUUUGUAUAAUUUAUGUUGAAUAAAAUUUUUCGCUUUUCUA